AAAUCUGAAUGCAUCUCACACACAAAGCCCUCAAUUUCCCAAACCCUAACUACCAUUCUCAUGGACCUUCACAUUCCUUCAAUUCCAAUCCCACCCCAAACCCUGGGUUGUUGACUCUACCGCUAAACCUUCUCUCUCCUCCAAAACGACGCCGUUCCGUGCUAUUCGCCACCAACAACAGGGGUGCCGUACAAAUCGCUGUCGCAAACAAUCAUCCUCUUUUCGUUCCUCCUUCACCAUCCUACGAUUACCGAACGUUUCGGAGUGCCAAAAACGUCGACGUUUCCACGCUUGGGAACCUCUGCGUUGAUAUAGUUCUCAAUGUUCCCCAAUUGCCCCCGCCUUCCUUUCACGAACGCAAGGCCUUCAUGGACCGCUUGGCCUCUUCUCCACCCAACAAGAAAUAUUGGGAAGCUGGUGGGAACUGCAAUAUGGCAAUAGCAGCUGCAAGGCUAGGACUUAGUUGUGUAUCAAUUGGUCAUGUGGGUAAUGAAAUCUAUGGGAAGUUUCUGUUAGAUGUGCUUCAUGAUGAGGGCAUUGGUAUGGUUGAGAUGAGUAAUAGUACUGAUGUUGUGAACUGCUCCAGUGCAUCUAUUGAAACACUUCUAUGCUGGGUUCUUGUUGAUCCGUUACAAAGACAUGGUUUUUGCAGUCGAGCAGAUUUUAGCAAGGAACCUGCAUUUCAUUGGAUGAGCACACUGAGGAGAGAAGUAAAACUAGCUAUCAGAAAUUCAAAGGUUUUGUUCUGUAAUGGAUAUGGCUUUGAUGAGCUCUCUCCUAGUUUACUGCUCUCAGCAGUGGACUAUGCUGUUGAUGUCGGCACAUCGAUAUUCUUUGAUCCUGGACCACGUGGAAAGAGUCUCUCCACUGGAACUGCAGAAGAACAAAGAGCUCUUGACCAGUUUCUCAGAAUGAGUGAUGUUCUUCUUCUAACUUCUGAUGAGGCUGAGUCUUUAACUGGCCUAGGAGAUCCAAUAUUAGCAGGACAGGAGUUUCUCAAAAGAGGGAUCCGCACAAAAUGGGUGAUUAUAAAAAUGGGUUCUCAUGGUUCAAUUCUAAUAACUGCAUCAAAUAUAGCAUGUGCUCCUGCAUUCAAGGUGGAUGUCAUUGAUACUGUUGGGUGCGGAGACAGUUUUGUUGCUGCUGUUGCAUAUGGUUAUAUACAUAAUAUGCCGUUGGUUAAUACAUUAACAAUUGCAAACGCAGUGGGUGCUGCAACAGCCAUGGGGUGUGGUGCUGGUAGGAAUGUAGCAAAACUGGAAAAUGUGAAAGAUUUAUUAAAAUCAUCAAACAUCAGCAAAGAUACCAAAUUCUGGACCAAUGUACUUGGGAAGAAUGCCAUAACUCAGGAAAUAACAUGUUUGUCACACAUGAUGAACGGUAACGGCAAUCCAAACCAUCUCAACCAUGUCCCAUAUGACAAGGUCGCCUCCGAGCUCUUACCUAAGCUUGAACAUCCACAGAUACCCGGUAAUGUGGCGGCAUGAUAAAUUCCAGAUAAUGUUACAUCAUACGUUAUAUCCAUCCUAGUGAAGUAAUUCUUCUCCAUCAUCCAUCUGAAUCAUAUAGAGAGUAAAUCUCCAAGUUACACUGCAAUAACUAAUCUAAAUGCAUUUGUUUGAGCAAAGUACAUGGCCACGUGAGAGGUAGCUGCUCAGAAAGCAUUUUAACUGAAUUGUUACGAUUCCUGUCACAAACAAUAUUUCUUUGGUGUCAAAGGCACCUAUACUCCAAGCACUAGUGAGUCAGAGCUUUUUAUUUUUCCCCUGAUAGGUACCAAUUUUUUGGCUUCAUUUUUGUAUGAAUGCUUCUUAAGCAGUGAUAUGUUAUUGUUUAUAUUGAUAGUU